AUGCCCCUGCCAGAACGUCCAUGGCAGAAGCUUGCCGUUGACAUCGUCGGCCCUAUGGAGAGAGCACCCCAUGACUGCAGAUAUGCCAAUACGCUCAUCGACUAUUUUUCCAAAUGGCCAGAGGUUCAAUUCUGCAGUGAAGUAUCAUCCCGCGCCGUCAUAAACCUUUUGCUGUCUAUGUUCUCCCGUGAAGGCUAUCCGGAAGUGGUAGUCUGUGACAACGGGCCCCAGUUCUCAUUUGUGGAGUUCAUUGAGUUCCUCAAAGAUCCCGCUAUCAGCCUUGCGCACUCUUCCGUUUACUACCCGCAAGCAAACGGACUUGUCGAGCGGUUUAACCGUGUCUUCAAGAAUUUUGCGCAGGUCGCCAUGCUGGAACAGCAUCCGCUUCCCCAAGCAGUAACCGAGUAUUUCGGCAUAUAUCGCUGCACGCCACAUGCCACUACGGGAGUUGCACCGUCUGUUCUCCUACACGGACGGCGACCGAGAACACGCCUUGACGUUGUGGGUCUCCCGUCACCUGUUUUCUUCAGCGAUCCUGUUUCCGAACUUCAUCGUCUGCGCCAACGAGUUAAGAGCAGGCAAUACUACAGCAAAGAGUACACAGACCGUCACAGGGCCUCGAAGAAGACAACAGUGUCUGUCGGUGAUUACGUUAGAAUUAAGAAACCUGGAAUAUCGGUUAAGGGAGACCUCACGUUUAGCCAACCGGGGAAGGUAGUCCGCCAGCAAGGUCCAUCAUCGUUUCGGCUUGAUGAUGGACGAACCUGGGACGCGUGGAAGCUAUCCAGGGUACCUGCAGCUUCAGCCAAAUGGAAUCUGCAGCAUAAUGCUGUGUCUGAACCCGCGACUCCGCCUUCGGCAUCUCAGCAAUCCAACGAAUACGCCUCGACAACUCUACCCGAAGCCUCGCCAGCUACGCCCACGCUACGAGCUCCAGCGCCAGCUGUGUCGGAGGACCCUGUGUUUCAACGUCGGGUCCAACCACCGAGGAACAGAAGGCCUCCAGAUCGAUACCGGGACCACAUGCAGCUUGUGUGCUAG